GAAGAGAACACUAGAGUUGUUUGUAGAUUGUUUGCUGAACAAGUUAGGUGUGGAAAUCGUUCGAGCACCCAUUUGAACAAUGUAGGAUACAAAAAUGUGAUUGUCCAGUUUCAUGAGGAGACGGACAUUUUGUACAAUAGAGGCCAGUUUAAGAACAAAUGGGCAAAAUUGAAGGUGGAAUAUACUGCUUGGAAGGGUUUGUUGAAACAAACAGGUAUAGGUUGGGAUGAAAAGAAGGGGACAGUUCGCAUGAGCGACGAUUGGUGGAAGAAGAUGAGAAAAGAAAUUCCAGGAUGUGGCAAGUUUAAAGACAAGGGACUUCAAAAUGAAGAUGAGUUGAAGAUUAUGUUUGAAGACCUUCGUAAUACAGGUGAUGACCACUUUUGUGCUUCAUCAGGUGUAAUUCCUCAAAGUCCUAAUGGUGGCUCGAAUGGUGGUGAUGAGGAGGCUGAGUCAGAUGAUGACAGUGAGCCAGAAGAAAUAACACCAAGUGGCAAGGGCAAAGGCAAGAGACCUAGUGGUGAUGACAAAGACAAGGGAAAAAGAGUGAAGACAAGUGGAGGCAAGUGGAUAGAAGACCAAAUUAGUAAAAUUGUGUCCUUAAAUGAGAGGUCCACAGCUUCUGUUGAGUCAAUGGCAAGAAGGGAGGACAACUCAGGGUGUUCCAUCAAGGAAGUAAUGGCCAUUGUGAAGGAGUGUGGUGCUAUUCCUGGUACAAAGCAACACUUCAUUGCUUCUGAAUUAUUCACUAAGAGAGCUGAGAGGGAGAUGUUUAUGACUUUGGACACUCCAGAAGACCGGUUUGCCUGGCUCACUAUGAAGCACUUUGUCAAAUAUGGUCCUGUGUAAGGUUUUGAGACAUGUUUGUUACUUUAUGUGGAGUCAUGUUGGACAGAUUAUGUUGAGACAUAUUUGUGGGUUUAUGUGGAGUCAUGUUUGUUACUUUAUGUGGAGUCAUGUUGGUUGGUUUAUUCAUGAACUUGUACUAUUAAGUCAUGUUGGUUGGUUAUUCAUGAACUU